UGCUGGAACUCGGUAAACCCGAGAUUUGACAUAACCGCAAAGUGCGUCUGUGUGUGUUUAGGAAACAAACUGCAUAACAGGCAGCAUAAGAGCGAAGAUUCCACGUGCCCGCAUUCCUCACAUGACGGUGCUCUGUGAAUUAAUUCGAUAUGAUUGCAGUAUAGAUAGCAUAAAGUAGUUCGCGGAUGUACGCCAGGAAUUGUUUACCCGUGGAAUCACUUUCUGGUGUAGCGCCCCCUACCGAACACACACCGCGGUGAAAAAAAAAACUGACACGUGGAUUUCUCCUCUGUGAGGCAUCAGGAAGAACAGACGCCUUCGCUCAGUUUCCGCUCAACCAUAAGAUUGUUUUGUUUUCUGUUCCACACGGCGAGGUAUGUGUCUCCGAACGCCGAAACUGCGCCGCGUCUUUUUCUUUCCUGAUCUUAAGGGAAGAAAUUAAAGCAAACAAUCGAGGCUGCCGCUCAGAUCACAAGGCGGUGUGUUGAAUGGCAGUGAUUCAAAAACAUGGCAAGAACUCUGCUCCAGAUUUGGUCUGUCACAAGGAGAACCAUUCGGCCGACAAGAUUGGAGUCCUUGGAGGUCACAAGAAGUGGGCCGAACACAACAACAACAACUGGCCAAGGCCGGUGGCGAGGGUUUGGACAGUGGUCCUCCUGCUUGGUACGUGCCUCCUCUACUGUGCCCGGGUGGCCAUGCCCAUCUGUGCUGUCAGCAUGGCAGAGAAGUUCAACUGGAGCAAAAAAGAGUCUGGUAUGGUCCUGGGCAGCUUCUUCUGGGGUUACUGCUUCACACAAGUGUUUGGAGGCUACGUCAGUGAUCGGGUGGGAGGAGAAAAGGUCCUCCUGCUCUCUGCUGCUGCCUGGGGCUCCAUGACUGCCUUCACUCCCAUCUUAGCACAUUUUUGCUCCCAGCCGAUCUUCUCAAUGACACUGGCCCGCUUCCUCAUGGGCCUUUUACAAGGUGUUCAUUACCCUUCUUUGGCAAGCCUGUGCUCUCAGAAGGUGGUGGAGAGUGAGCGAGGCUUCCUCAUGAGCACCGUGGGCAGCGGCUCCUACUUGGGCACCCUUGUGAUCGGAGGGGCUGGUUCCCUCAUGCUGGACCUGUAUGGCUGGGAGAGCGUCUUUUAUGUGUCGGGUCUGCUGGCAGUAAUGUGGGCAUACUGCAUGUGGAAAUACUUACUCAAAGGAGAAGGGCCCAUCAUCACACUGGAGUCUCUGGGAAGUAGUGGCCCACACUCCAAAGUGACCAAAAGGCAUUGGUUACGGCUCUUCAAACAACCUGCAGUCUGCGCCGUGAUCGUUACACACCUUUGCACAGCGAGCACCUUCUUCACUUUGCUGUCAUGGCUGCCAACCUUCUUUAAAGACACAUUCCCUGAUGCUAAGGGAUGGGUGUUCAAUGUCAUUCCUUGGUUGGUGGCAAUCCCUUCAUCGGUCUUUAGUGGCUACUUGUCUGACCAUCUCAUCAGUAAAGGCUUCGACACAACCUCAGUGAGGAAGUUAAUGCAGUUUUUUUCAAUGGGGAUUUCCAGUGCGUUUACCCUGCUUCUAUGUGGAAACACUACAUUCCCUUGGGCCACAGCGUUUGUGUCAGCCACCAUGGGCCUCACAACCUUCAGUCACAGUGGCGUAUCUGUAAACGUUCAAGAUCUUGCUCCAUCUUGUGCAGGGGCAUUAUUUGGUGUUAUGAACACAUGCGGCGCAUUCUCAGGGGUCCUUAUGGUGUAUUUCUCGGGGUAUCUCAUCGAGUCCACGGGCUCUUGGGCGUCCAUGUUUGGCCUUAUUACUGUCGUCAAUCUGCUGGGCCUCUGCAUAUUCUUGGCCUUCGCUGAGGCCCGACGCGUCGAUAUCGACCUCGGCAAGAUACGACAUCACAACAUCCACAUAUGAGUACUCCGUCACAGACUGGACUUGGAAAUCCUGAGAAGGAGAUGUAUCUUUCACAUGGAAGGUGUGUCUGUCUGGCUCGCUCUUUCUCACACACACACACUCUCUCUCUCUCUCUCUCUCUCUCUCCCAUACACUUAACUACAUUGAACAUACGCGUAAAGUACGACACACCACUUUCUGUCUAAUUUAGUUCACAUAGAUGCACAACUUUGGAUCCUGAAAAAGAAGAAAACAAUCGUGUUGUCAGGGAACUGUUCAGGGAGGCUGGUCUUUUAUUUUUUUUAAUGGAUAAUUUAAAAGCACAUAGUUAAAAUGUAGUUUAAAGGAGGACUUUGCAACCCCCUCCCAAAAAAAAAGAAAAGAAAUUGUCAUAUCUAUUGAAACGUUAUUAUUUUGAAAGUAUUUUUUGGUGAAUGAAUAUGAUCUAUAAAGAAUGAGCUGUCUUUGGGCCCCAUCUUUGCUUCUAAUUUGAUAUUGAAGAAACCACACACUUACAUAUCAUAUUUAUCAUGUAGGCUUCUAGUUAUAAUGACUUUUAACAAAUAUGACAAAGAGAUUUUUGGGGGGUUGCAAAUUGAAAGCCCCUUUAAGUUGCAUUUGUUUGCAGGAGUCCACCGAAAAUAAAACUAGCCAUGAAACUUUAUGCAGGGGUGUGACGUUUGCCAAGUCAGAUUUGUUUUAUCUCAAUUCAGAAAAUAGUGUGGAUCCAGAAAUGUGUUUUCCUUUUGCACAGUCUCAGAUUUUCUACAUUUUAAAUGACUUAAUUUCUCAGUACAAUUUGGGGAGUCUUGAUUUCAAGGCUUGUGCAGGAUGCUGGAGUUUAUGAAGAGUAGAAAUUGCAGAUAAGGGACAGGAAUAGUUAUCACUUAGUAUAGUGAUUGUUAACAAUUCUAUGGAUUUUGUGAAAUUGAAUAUUUAAUUUAUCCAAUACAGUUAAGAUCAGUUAUUGAUGGGUUAUUUCCCCUAUAGUCAAGAAGAUUUGGUCUAAUGUUGAUUAAAAUUUUUAUUUUCAACCUUGGAUGAGGACUGCCCUUUGAAUGUUAUAAUGGAGCUUAGUUCAAGACACCUCACUCCACCCUUAAGAGGCAUUCUCCUGACAGAAUAGGUUUGGAGUUUGUUUCCUCUGCCUGGUUUUUAGGUAUUUGUGGGAGGUGCUAGUGGGUGUGUUUUCGUGUCACUGUUGCGCAUUGCCACGGUUACACAUUCUUUUACGGUGAGAUGAAGAGGCUUAAAAUGAGUGCGUGCAUCCUACCUGUUUGCUAUCUCAACAAAUGUUCUAAAGCAGAUAGACCAAAGUUACUGAAAUUAUACUUUUGUUUUAAAAAUGUUGUCUCAUGCUGUACAAAUACCUCACAUAAUUAUUUUGAAUACCGAACUUAUAUAUUUUUAUGUCUUAAGAAGUAUAUUUUUAGACAGAAUAAAUAUAUUAAGUUGAGAUGGCAGGGGAAAAAAGCUUAUAGCAGUUGGAGCAACCCUGAUAGACCUGACUCAUCUUAACGUGAAUCUUGCGUUGGUGGAAGUGGCUAUCGCGCUCAUUGUCGUCGUUGGGGAGAGGUAGUCAAGUCAGUAUAUGGCUUAUUUAGGAAACAUGUCCCCCCUCUAUCGCAACAUGCCCCCUUUGCUUUGCUGUGCACGCAUUGCACACUGACAUCAUGAAUGUUGCACGCCUCGCCAGAAAAUGGGAGAUUUGUAGAACAGUGAAGACCUUUUUGUCUUCUUUAUUCGCACAUGGAAAAUGAUGGCUUGUAGCAUUUGGAAGAUUUGGUAUGUAGUCCAGGUCCUUACUUGAAGUAGCCAAUCUAUGCAUUCAAGUUUUUGUGCCUGCUUGCGAGUCACAUUGAUGUGAUCAUUGUGUCAGUGUGUGUCAUCUUGACCUUUAUAUACAGUUUAUUACAGUUGUAAUAGCCUUUUUUAUGCACAGUACAUUCAUUUUCAUUUGUUAGUCAAAACUGAUUACAUUGUUUUGUAUGACAAUGCAAAUGUUAUUUAUUUUGUCAUCACAUACAACUUUGGUUUAAAGUUAGGAAUAGAAAACUGCAUCAGGCUAGUUACAGUAAUUAUCGGAAAUUUAUCACACUCUGAAAGUACAUAUCCGCUGUAUCUUGCUUACUUAAUGCAAUGUAAAAUGCCUUUAACACCUCAUAAUGAACAAAUACCUAUAUUGUUGAGACACCAAAUGAUGUGCUAUUCUUCAGAGGCUUCUUAUCGUUUCCACUGCUUAUCUACAUUUUCUUAACCAUAAACAUCCUGCACACUGUAAACUUUAUACAAUAAGUUGCUUAGUGUGGUUCUUGACAGCUUUUCUAGGAGUUUUGAUGUUGCUGCAGAAAAACAGUAUUAUUAAAUUAAAAUUAUAUGCUGUUAUUUAAAAGCAUGUCCUAACUUUUAAUAAAUAAAGCUAUUUUGUCAACA